UUCUAGAAUGGAGGUCAAAACAUAUCUGCAGAGAAACCAAAUCAACAUACAGGAUGAUAUUUUGGAGAGUCUAUCACCGUUUGAGAAGAAAUUAUGUGAGAAUCUCACCAGAAUAGAAAUAAGAGGAAAGAGGGGUCGGAAAGUUCCAAUAUUGUUACCAGCAAAUGUAAAGGAAUCAGUAGAACUUCUAAUCAAAACAAGAGAAGAUGCUGGGAUUUCUCAAGCUAAUCCUUACAUAUUUGCCCGUCCCAAUUAUGGAUCACUAGAGAACAUGCGUGGAUGUGACAGCUUAAAGCGAUAUGCUAAAAGCUGUGGGGCUAAACAUCCAGAGAACAUCACUUCUACUAAAUUGAGAAAACAUGUGGCUACAGUUUCUCAGUUACUCAACUUAAAAACACAUGAACUUGACCAGCUUGCCACAUUUAUGGGACAUGACAUCGAUGUCCAUAGGGAGUUUUAUAGACUCCCUGAAGAAACGUUGCAAAUGGCAAAAGUCAGCAGAAUUCUUUUUGCCUUGCAAAGUGGAAUAAGCAAAUAUAAAGGACAAUCUUUGGAGGACAUAACACCUAACAUAAACUCUGAAGAGGGCUCCAGCUCAGACUCAGAGGAUGGUAAUUCUAAAAAACAGACAAGCCGAGGCGAAAAUGCUGACAAAGAGAAAGAUCUUUCUGAAAUUAGGGAUCUCGACUCUGGAAAGGCUGCAGCCUCUCGUGAGGUGAUUGGACAUAUGAGUAAUCCACUAUUGUCCUUCAAUCAAAAACGAAAACCCAAAAAGCCCUGGUCAGAAACAGAGAGGAAAGUCAUAGAACACUAUUUCAAGAGCAACUUUAAAGAAAUGAAGGCUCCUGGAAAAGUGGACUGUGAAAAAUGCUUAAAGAAAAAUACAAUUUUAAAGGAUAAUGGAAGAGAUUGGAAAGCAGUUAAAUACUUUGUGCACAACAGAAUAAUUUCGAUUAAGAGGAAUUUGACUCAAGGGUAUCAUGCUCUAUAUCCCUGAGAGCUUGUGAUGUGGACUAUCAGUGUUGAGUCAUUACUGUAAUAGUCUAUGUAAAUGGAGCAUUAGUGUGUCAAAUAAUUGAUAUUAGCUUAUUUUAGAUGCAUGUCUAAACUUUUCAAGCAACAAAGUCUAUUCUGCUUGGGCCUCUCAGUUAUUGAAUGCCUUGUUAAGACUUUGGUUUUAGCCACUUUAAAAUUUUACAAAUUUCUUUAUUUUACCUUUAAUACCACUUUUUUUUCUUUUACCAAACUUCAUAUGUUUAUUGUGAUUUUAAAUUUACAGAAAGUGAAUGCAACUUAUUUGAAAAGUAUUACAGAAAAAAAAUAUUAAUAGUAUUAUUUAAUGUUAUUGAUUUUAUUGUUGUCAACCUGUAGCCUGGAGCCACUUAUCACUGAGGGUGGAA